CGGGAAUGCGGGAAUGGCGGGGAGCGGGGGAUUUUCCCGCACCCUCAUCCCCCUCAGCGGUCGCGCCCGGGCCGCGGCGAUUGAGCGGCUGCGGGGCCGGGGCUGCCCGGGAUCCUCCGGGAGGCUUCAGAUCCUUGGGUUUAUUCCUAAACGUUCUUGUGCCUGAGCCCACGCCCCCCCCUUCCCCCUUCCCCCCUUUUUUUUUUCCGGACAAAACCCCUCAUCCCGAACUGUUGUUAAAAACAGCCCUGCAGCCGUGAGAGUGGGACAUACAGCGAUUUCAGGGAGCACGAGGGUUGUUUUGUGCCUGGAUUUGCGGCGCGCUGCGUGUGCUCUCAGAGGCUGCCUUAUUUGAAAGUGCUGUUUACGUGUCUGCUUUUUUAUAAAAGGGUGUCCACAAACAGAAGUGAACUGAUACCUCUGGUACUUUUUAAUUCCAAACAAGAUGAAGAUCCCCUCUUUGCUGAUGGGAUUCCCUCGUUAUUUCUCCAGAAGAACUUACUUCAUGAACUUCCACUUCAUUUCCAGAGCAGAUUUUCUGUGCGUUGGAUCUCUUGCAUCAGUGCACCACUGUCGUACAGAAUGGAUGUGUUCAUCAAAUGGUUUGAGGAGAGAGCUCUGUCAACAAGUAGCCCCUGAGCAGCAAAUAGAGGGACUUUCUGACAGAGAACAAAGACUCGUAGACAGACUUUACAAUGGACUAAUCCAGGGUCAUAGAGCCUGUUUAGCCGAAGCCAUUACACUUGUAGAAUCAACUCAGAGUAGGAAGAAGAAAGUAGCCCAGGUGCUCCUUCAGAAGGUAUUAUCCUACCACAGGGAACAAGAAAAAUUAAAUCAAGGAAAACCACUUGCCUUUAGAGUGGGGUUGUCUGGUCCUCCCGGUGCUGGGAAAUCGACUUUCAUAGAGUGCUUUGGGAAAAUGCUUACAGAAAGAAAACACAAAGUGUCUGUGCUGGCUGUAGACCCUUCCUCUAGUACAAGUGGUGGUUCUCUGUUGGGUGAUAAAACACGGAUGACUGAGUUGUCAAGAGACAUGAAUGCUUACAUCAGACCAUCUCCAACCAGUGGGACGCUGGGAGGUGUAACAAGGACCACAAAUGAAGCCAUUCUGCUGUGUGAAGGAGGAGGCUACGAUGUUGUUCUUGUGGAAACUGUAGGUGUGGGACAGUCAGAAUUUGCUGUGGCUGAUAUGGUUGAUAUGUUUAUAUUACUGCUACCACCUGCAGGUGGAGAUGAAUUACAGGGUAUCAAGCGGGGUAUAAUUGAGAUGGCAGAUCUGGUUGCUAUAAAUAAAGCUGAUGGUGAUUUACUUGUGGCUGCACGGAGAAUACAGGCUGAGUACAUCAGUGCUAUGAAGCUGCUUCGCAAGCGUUCGAGGGUUUGGAGACCAAAGGUAAUGCGCAUCUCUGCCAAAACUGGAGAAGGUAUCUCGGACAUGUGGGAUAAAAUGACUGAGUUCCGUGACCUCAUGCUCGCGAGCGGUGAGUUGAUUGCCAAACGACGGAAACAGCAGAAAGUGUGGAUGUGGAAUCUCAUCCAAGAAAACAUGUUGGAACAUUUCCGGAGUCACCUGGCGGUCAAAGAUAAGAUUCCACUUCUGGAAGAAAAAGUUCUUAGUGGAGUCUUGUCUCCUGGACUGGCAGCCGACCUGCUACUGAAAGCAUUCAAAGAUAGUCUCUAAGCAUUAUUUUCUUACUCUGUUCCUGAUAAGUGCUUUAUGUAAACAUGAACAUUAAAUACGCUUUUUCUA